ACCGGCUUAAGAGCAAUAAAAGAACAGUUGUUUUAUAUUGGAUGUGGUUAAUAAUGCCAUCUGAUAACGGUUUACAAAUAAAAAGAAUGACCAGUGUGUUUGCCAUGCAGGAGAUAUGCUGCGAAGCCGAGCAAAGCGUGUUUCAAAGACAGUCAAAGAAUUGGAUGCAUUUCCUAAAGUUCCUGAGUCUUAUGUUGAGACAUCACCAGUGGGAGGAACAUUUUCUGUGGUGACAUGUUGCCUCAUUAUGUGGUUGCUAUAUGCAGAGGUUUCCUACUACCUGCAAGCAAACUUCAAGUUUAGAUUCCUUCCUGAUACAGACUUUGAUGCCAAACUUAAGAUUAAUAUAGACCUCACUGUUGCUAUGCCUUGUCAUGCAAUUGGAGCAGAUAUCUUGGACUCAACUGGUCAGAAUGUUCUGCAGUUUGGCAUCUUGGAGCAGGAAGACACAUGGUUUGAGUUGUCUCCGCAACAGCGGCUAUAUUUUGAUGGAAUGCGCCAGGUCAACUCAUAUCUUCGUGAGGAGUUUCACGCUAUUCAAGAACUUCUGUGGAGGUCCGGCCAGUCUACCCUUUUUGGAGACAUGCCUAGGAGAUCUGUAGCACCAUCAACACCAUCAGAUUCCUGUCGUAUAUUUGGUUCCCUUAUUCUUAACAAGGUAGCAGGAAAUUUCCACAUCACAGCAGGCCAUUCAUUGUCUCUUCCUAGGGGUCAUAUUCACAUAUCUGCCUUCAUGUCUGAAUCAGACUACAAUUUCACUCAUCGUAUCAACAGGUUCUCAUUUGGAGAUCCCAGUCCUGGUAUUGUACACCCUCUGGAGGGGGAUGAAAAAAUUACUGAUCAGAAUGCCAUCCUGUUCCAGUAUUUUGUGGAUGUUGUACCAACAGAAGUGAACACAUUUAUGAGUCGGCUCAGUACUUAUCAGUAUUCAGUGAAGGAUCAUGAACGUCCCAUUGACCAUCACAGAGGAUCUCAUGGUAUACCAGGAAUAUUCUUCAAGUAUGACAUGAGUGCCCUCAAAGUUCAUGUUACGCAGGAAAGAGACUCUCCAAUCCAGUUCAUUGUCAGACUGUCUGCCACCAUAGCGGGAAUUUGUGUAAUAUCAGGUUUUAUCAAUAGUUUUGUGCAGAUAGUGAUCAAUAUUCUGAAGUGUAAGUACAUUAAAAAACCUCAGCAUCGUAUUGUGACAGAGAAGCUGCUUGUCACUGCUGAUCUGCCAGCACACACUACUCCAGCUUCUCUGUUACAGCAUAGCGAACCCUCGACAAAUGUUCAGCCACUAGAUUUAACAGUCGCUUCAGUACAAAAGUCUCCAGAUAUUAUAACAAGUCAUAAUAUUUUGAACACCUGACAUUUUGCUGUAGGUGCAUUUAAUUAUAGCAUAAACAAGAUAAUACAGUGGAAGCAAAAUCUGAUUACUGCGGGAUGAUGCAAGCGAGUUCAUCGUACACUCUAUAAGAAAAACUCAGAAAAUAAUAUGCAGACAUUUUUAAAAGAAAACAAUGAAACUGAAUUUGUAUUUUGAGUUCAUUGCCAUGAGAAGCAUCAAUAUCCUAUCCUCAGCCACUGUAGAAGCUGCCAUGUGGGUCCGCUGAGUUGCGCGCGCAGUUUCACUGGCUUGCCCCCAAAUUUAAAUCAGAUGUUUGUGGGAUGACAUGUGGAAAACUUCUCAUUCCAGGGUUAUGUCUAGUGGAGCUGUAUUUUGGCAUUUUCACUUCAUUUUUUGCUGUAAUCCAUCUUGGAUAAAGGAUAGAUGUAGGUAUUCUGAAACACAAAAAUAUGUCUGUAAAAUUAUCAUUCUUAUUUUUAUUGUGAUUUCAAGGUGAUAUAGUCAUGUAGAAUUGCCACCUUUUUACUUUAUUCUGUUUCUAAAAUUAUUUACUAGUUUUAGGGAAGGAGAAAAUAUAAAUUUAAUUCAGUAACAUGGUUGAUGAACUUAUGUGGUCUUCCUGCCUAGAAUCUGUGAUUUCCCACCUGUUUUCUUGCACACGUGCACACACACACACACACACACAUAUAUGUAUAUAUAUAUAUAAUUAUAGCACCACUAAUAUAAAAAUUGUAAAAAAAUCAUUUGCAGAUAGAACAUAGAAAAUUUCAAACAAGAAAUCUUAACACAAGCAUAAUGUAAAUCAUUUAUGUUUGUGUUAUGAUUUCCAGGUAUUUCCUGUUUGAAAUUUUAUCUGUUCUAUCUGCAAAUGAUUUUUAGCAUUUUUAUAUUAGUGGUAGCAAUUGGGAUCAAACCAGGAACUCUUUGAAUACUUGUCUCAUAUGCUGUUGAUCUGGUGGUUUACAUAAGAGGUUGGUAUUUGAAUGGUUUAGGUGCUAACACUAGAUGGUUGAGGAGGGGUUAAUGUAACAUUUUGUUUUACACCAAUUUAAGUUGGUAUUGAAUCCACAGUCCUUUGGAUACUAUCCUCAUAUCCUAACCUCAAAAUUCAUCUUUUUCAUAUGGUGCUGGGGUUUAGCCUGACAGCUAAUACUCAUUUAAAACUACAAAUAUGUGUGUAUAAUGAUAAGUAGUCAGUUUGAAAUACUAUUUACUUCUAUUUGACUAUGUUAGAAUGUGGUACAUUUAUUAACUUUUAUUAUGUUCUGUUACAAUGAAAAGGACAAAGGACAAGAUAAUGGAAGGUACUUAAUUUAUAUCAGUUUCCUGUAACUGCUACAAAGUAUUGUACCUCCUUAAUUGUUACCUCUUAAGUGGGUUAUCUUGACAACCUCUCUCUUCCAACAAACUCUUCACAUUUUCCCCAUUAUUUGCUGUAAAAUGAUUGCAUAGAAUUGCAGAGCUGACCAAUUUUGUUGUUUCCAUUUUUCAUUAACUAAUGUUUAGAAAUUUUAUCGUGAAUAUGUUGAUAUUCCAGUUAUAACUAUAAUCGUGAAGUUUGUUUUAUAACUGAAUGUCUUAUUUGUAAGUUUACAAAGUGUUCAGUGUUUGUGUUGCGUUUGAUCAAAUUGUGGAUUUCUUUUGCACAAUGUUUCUCUUUUAUGUUAUGGGAAAAUUCUGAGUGUCCAGAUAUAUAAUCAAUUGAUAGUUAAUGCAAAUACAAUAGACAGAGGGAAUGUUUUUGAGAAGGAGGUGCUAAAUAUUCUUAUGAAAUUUUAUAAAUGACAUGUUGGCAAUUGUAUAUUUUUAUGCACUAGUUUCAAGCGUACUGUAACUGUAAGUAAUGCUACAGGAUUGUAGAAUGCUUUUGUUCAUGGUUAGAAUUUGGGCAAGGGAAGGUUUGAAGACACUAGUUACCUUCUUUCUAAAUGCCAUAGGUUAGGUUAGGUAAAAAAUAAAAUCAUUUCUUUGCAUGCCAUUGUUAAGAUGGAUAAACCUACAUUAUGAUACUUGAUAAAGUAAGAAAUUUUUUAACUUACUUUGAGAAAUAAUAUAAUCAAAGAAACCUUUGAAAAUAUACAAGUGUCCUAAAAAUAAGUUCAAAGAACAGAAGUUUCCAACAUUUGGUCAGAUCAACUCACUCAUUAGAAAAUCCCAGUCUGUUGGACUUGUAAGUUUGUGAAUAACACAUACGUACUUUGUAUGAAUAGGAAUGGUGUACUGAAUUAAGUUAUAUGUAAAAUUCAGCUCUGUAUAUCAGUCCCAUGAUGGAUCUCAGAUUAUCAGAGAACAUUUUCUGUGAAGAUGGACAAACUAAUAAUUUACUGAUCGCUUAAUAAUUUUGUGUGAUUACAUCAAGAUUUUAUUAGUUUAACUUCAAGACCAUCUGGUGAUACUUCAGUAGAAAUGUUGCAUAUAAUUUUUUAAAAUAACCAUGACUGAGUUUCAUUGGCAACUCCAUCUCCCAGGCCUGAACUCAGGCUAAUCAUGAGAUUUUCAAGGUUUUCCUCUAAUCUUCCAUUGAAUACCAAAAUAACUUAAUUUGUCGUCUUAUUUAUCAGCCUGUAUUUUUAUUUGAUGCUAUGGUACUGUGUUUAGAACUCCACUAAUAACUAUCAUUAAUAAUUGUUAAUAAACAAUAUAUUAGCUUCUUCA